AUGACGUUCGGCAAUUAUUUAAAAAACUUUAUUUUGUUGUUGUCAAUUUCAAAUUUUGCAUCAGGAAUUUCAAUUGUUGAUGUAAUGACAUUUUUUCCAAAAUCAAUAGCCGAUGUGUCAGUGCCUCAGACAAAUAAUAUUUUUGAUUACAAUCCUGAUGUCGAUUUACCAGCGUAUGAUAUGAUAAAAAGAGCUGGAUAUCCAUCGGAAGUUCAUAUCGUGACAACUGAGGAUGGAUAUUUACUGUCAUUGCAUCGUAUUCCAGGUAAAUUUGGUUCAAAACCGAUACUUUUGCAACAUGGAUUGCUAGGUAGUUCUGCUGACUGGAUCAUUCCUGGGAGAGAUAAAUCUCUGGCGUAUUUAUUGUCUGAUGAAGGAUACGAUGUCUGGCUAGGAAAUGCACGCGGAAAUACGUAUUCUCGUGCGCAUAUAAAUUUAUCACCUCACGAUUCUCAGUUUUGGAAUUUCAGUUUCCAUGAAAUGGGAAUUUAUGAUGUCCCUGCUGCGGUGUCUUAUAUCUCUGAUAAAACAAAAAUGUCAUUAAUUUACAUCGGGCAUUCAAUGGGAACAACAAUGGGAUAUGUGAUGGCUUCAGAACGACCGGAAAUAGGAAAAAAAAUAAAAUUUAUGAUAAGUUUGGCUCCUAUUGGAUUCAUGAGUAAUUUAAAAAGUCCUGUGAGACUUGUCGCUCCUUUUGCAAAUGACAUCAAACUGGUGGCGCACUUUCUAGGAGUAGACGAAUUCCUCCCUCAAAAUAUUUUCAUAAAAUAUUUAGCAAAGUACGGCUGCGAGCUGGUGACUGUUGAAAAAGAGAUUUGUACAAAUUCAAUGUUCGCAAUCACUGGUUUUGAUGACGCGCAAUUUAAUCAAACCUGGUUACCAGUAAUUUUGAGUCAUACACCAGCAGGCGCAUCAACAAAAACUAUGGUCCACUACGCUCAAGAAAUAAUAUCCGGUAAAUUUCAACAGUACGACUAUGGAAAGAAAAAAAAUAUUGAAAUUUAUAAUGCGACUUAUCCGCCAGAAUAUAAUUUAUCGAAAAUAAAAAUACCAAUUGUAUUUUAUUAUGCCGACAAUGAUUGGAUGGCUGCCCCAGAGGAUGUUAAAAAACUCUAUUCAAAAUUGCCAAGAGCCUCAGGUUUAUACAGAAUAAAUUUUUCAAAAUUCAAUCAUGUUGACUUUUUGUGGGGAAUCGAUGCGCGGCAAUUACUCUACAACAAUAUAAUUAAAUUAAUAAAUAUAAAUAAUGAUUUAUAGAUAUUUAAAAUAAUAUGACAUUUAAAUUAUUAAGAUAAGCGUGCUUGCGUGGAGUUAAAAAUUAUAAAUUUGCUCAAACACCUUGAGUACUUAAACAAUAAGUUUACUCAUGCAAACUAAUUAUUUCAAUACGUAUGAAUGUGGUAAAUAAGUAAUUAGCAGGAAUCUUAAAUGUUAUCGUAU